AUGAAAGAGGACCUAGUGUCUUCCAUCGCGGAGGGCAUUGGGCGUGUGGAACGCGGUGGCUACGCCUUCCUCAUGGAGUCUACGAGCAUUGAGUACGUGGUACGAAGACGGUGCCAGCUCAAGCAGAUCGGGGGUCUUCUAGACUCCAAGGGUUACGGCAUCGCCACGCCGCAUGGUUCUCCGUACCGCAACAUCCUGUCGUCAACAUUACUACGGCUGCAGGAGCGUGGCACCCUGCGAAAAUUCAAGGAUCGUUGGUGGAAAGUACGAGAUCCGCUCAAUGAAUGUCCUACUAAAGAGGCCGGCGAAUCUAGGACUGACGCAACUAGCGCGCUGGGCCUGCGAACAGUCGGCGGCGUGUUCGUCAUUCUCAUUGCUGGUCUUGGUCUGGCCUGCCUCAUCGCUUUCGCCGAGUUGUUCUGUAAAGCGAGAAUAGGACGCAGUUGA